AUGAAUGGUUUAAUCUACGGGCAUGACCUAUCAGCAGGAUUUUAUACUGGUAAUGGUCCAAUACAUCCAUCCUAUCAUAAUUAUUAUCCAUCCACAUUCACGCCCAGUGCACACCUCCACCAGUACACGAGGCAAGAUUUCAGCAACACCCAGCAGACUAAUGACUUCCAGCAACAAUUCUACACGAAUAGUUAUCAACAGCCAUUGCAACAGCCAUUAACCAAUCCAAAUGUAUAUAAUUUCGAAACCUCCGGAGCAGCGACACUCGCGUACUACGAUAAUAUUCAUGCAAGAGUUCGAUCGAAUCAACAUAAAAGUUCCAUAUCGACAAAUUCGAGUAUACAAUAUCCAUACACCCAAUCUCCAGUAUCCAACGCAUCGGAACGGCCAACGUCAGCUAAUGCCAAUGGCCAAACUGAUCCAACGUUUUUAGUUGUGCCCGGAACAGAAACGACUGGACCUCCAACUUCCUAUGAGCCUUCAAGCAAUACACCUUUACCAUACACAGAGCCUUCUUCGGAGGCAAUGGACGGUGAUAUUUCAUUAGAUUCUCCACAUCAUACCAUGGAUUCUCUCAUCGAACGGCUAGUUCCAACCGAUACUUACAUUCCUAAGCAAUCAUUCAUUUAUCCAAUGCUACUCUGCUCACGAGCGAAUAUUCGACCGAGCUUAUUAUUUAAUCAAUUAGCACGUUUAACCAUAAAAUCAAUUGCAAAUAUGACACGCGACCGAAGUAUUCGCACAAUGAAUAACUUCCUUUAUGUUCUAUCGCAAUGGACACGAACAUUUCCAUAUGAUUUUCGCAAUAGUGAAAUGAUAUCUCAACUCGAAGAUCUUUUCAAGAAGAUAACUUCAUUUGAACCAACUCUCCAGUCGGAUGUUCAACAUAUCUAUAAAAAACUUCGUUCAAAAUUAAAAGCCCUAGAUUAUUACGAAGAAUACAUUCGACAACUGAACAAAAAAGCUAUGUACAACCUAACGCAACUAGCCCUCGUUACAGACAUCAUGAAUGAAUGUCCAACAGCAAUUCUAUUCGCUCAACAACUGACUCACAUUGAACUGAUUAAAGCCACCUCGGAAGAAGCACAUGCACAUCCUUCGCGAAAUUCCGACUCGGAACAAUUGACAUCGAAUGACGAACCCUCGAAUGUCAAAUCACCGAAAUUAGUUCAUGAUAAGAAAUUAACCUUUUGUCUCGAAGCGUACAUUCAAUGGUUCAAUCGUUUGACAUUCUUCAUCACAACAGAGAUUGUCAAGCAUACACAAAGACGGUCACGUGUACGACUAAUCAAUUACUUCAUCGACGCUGCUUACGAAUGUUUUCGAUUACAUAAUUUCAAUUCAAUGAUUGGAAUACUUGGUGGUUUGAACAUGCAACCUGUUCGGCGGCUACGAAAAACGUGGGAAAAAAUCCAAUUAGAUAAAUUUCAACAACUCGAACAGUAUAUGAAUGUUUCGAAAAACUUCGCGACAUAUCGUCUAAUUCUCAAACUAGCGAUGGAAGAAGCCAAUAAACACGGAUGGAUAACCGAUAAGAUUGUUAUUCCAUUCACUAGUAUUAUCCUACAAGAUGUUUAUUUUAUCAAAACUCAUAGUAAAGAUUACACACCAGCUGGUGGAAUCAAUCUAAAAAAAUAUUAUUCUAUGGCCAAUUUCAUUUCCGAGGAAUUUGUGCAAUGUAAACAAAGUAAAUGUUCAUUCGAACGCAAUGAUGAAAUUAUUAAUUACAUCAUCACAUCUCCAACAUUCAACGAAGAUUCUCUGAUGCUCGCGUCAUUCGAAUGCGAACCGCCAUCAACAAUUCUGGAAAAAGAAAAACAACGAGCCUUACAAAAAUCAGUAAAUACAUCAGCAUAA